UCUUGCAGUGUACAGCAUGGGGCGCUGCGGCCACACCGUCUCUUCUCUGCUCUUUCUUGCUCUAUGCUUGGGGUUGACAGUCGACUCAUUUCUUUACUGUGAUCCAUCAAACUUCGCUAAAGGAAAGCAUGCUAUGAAGAAGACGCGCGUUUCAGGUGCCAUGACCACAUUGACGAAGAAAUAUGGAAGUUGCUGGAAGUCCAAUUCCGCAAAAAUGCUGUUCAGGAAAUUUGGUUUCGGCGACUACAACUCGACAGCCUGCUUGAGUGACCUGAACCACGAUGAUAUCUGCAAUAACCCUGAUCGAGUUGCCGAGUAUUACGACUGCUUUUUCAAGCAGCACACCUUCAUUUUUCACAACGUUAAUGCCACAGCUGAAGAACGGGAGAAGAUGAAAACUUUCUGGAAAUGUAUGAAAGACGCCUUUAAGGGUUUUCAAGAUACUAUCAUGAGGAAGCGUUAACCAGUUAUCACCAUGAGAGGUCAAACUCCUUAGUCACCUACAAUCUGACGGAGCGUCCAGAAAAAGCUUGGCGAGUCCGGGCCGUGAAGAAUCCAAUUUGCGACCCUCUAAGAUAUCGGAUACAAGUGGCUGAAUAUAAAUUCUAGUAUUGCGGAUGUACUUGGUGGAAACUGUACAACUGUUAUAAAAAUAAAGCAGUCGUAUUGUUAUCACUAUGCUUCACCUGUCUGAGUGAGCAGCUGAGAGCGCAAACGAGUUAAUGGCAGACAUUUGCUACCCAACUAAGGGUUAGAGGAUGGCAUGUUGUUGGUGCCAUAGGCGAUUGUAAAUGUGCUCACAUCAAUACUUUUUGUUUUAUCUCUCAAGUCCUAUUUAACGAUGUCUUUCUUGUUGACAGUAAAUGUCGUUAUGUUUAUGUCGCU